AUGCAUGCAAGGUGGCCAGCGCGAAAGUACGCCCAACAAGAAGUAGGCUUGGAAGAAUAUCACGAAACGGACUAUGAGGUGGGAGAAUCCAAUAAGGAGUCAGAUGAGGAAGAAUGCAUUAGAGAAAUACCUAUGGGACCCUAUCCUCCGGAAGCAAUACCAGCUCAACACACAAUUCAGGAAGAUUCCACCGACCGACUACACCUCUUGGAGGAGGAGGUAGCCACCCUUAGGCAGCAACUCUUCGCGACUGAAGCUAGAGCUGUACAAGAAGAACAGAGAAAUGAAGAGAUCACUUGGGAGAUGAUUGAUUUGGCUAACCUUGUGGCGCGAUAUUUUGGCAUCUGA